CCAUAAACAAAAAUACACCUCAUCAAUCCGGCUGUCACUUCACUUUACUCUAUGGUUUCUGCUGCUGCCUUCAACAAACAAUCCUUCCACCCAUUUCCAGUGAUUUUCAAGCCGUUUGCUGCAAAUAUCUAACAGAAAUGACAUCGAAAACCGAAAAGGACCGGGCCAAACAGAUCCAGGACCGAUGUCAGAACAUAUUGAUGGUUAUGCUGAAGGAUGAAGACAACAAAUAUUGUGUUGACUGUGAUGCUAAAGGACCGCGCUGGGCGUCAUGGAACCUCGGUAUAUUCCUGUGCAUCCGCUGCGCCGGCAUCCACCGGAACCUGGGCGUGCACAUCUCCAAGGUCAAGAGCGUCAACCUUGACUCCUGGACCCCGGAGCAAGUGGUAUCCCUCCAACAAAUGGGUAACUCCCGCGCGCGCGCCGUGUACGAGGCCAACCUGCCGGACUCGUUCCGGCGGCCGCAGAACGACUCCUCGCUGGAGGCCUUCAUCCGCGCCAAGUACGAGCAGAAGAAGUACAUCGCCAAGGAGUGGGUGCCGCCCAACCCGCCCAAGGUCAACUGGGACAAGGAGAUCGAUGAGGAAAUGGAGAGGCAAAAGCGGAAAAAGAAGUCGACCUCGUCGGGACUGGGCCCUCUGCCCGCGCCCACCAACGACAAGAAAUACAACAAAUCGGACGUAAUUCCGAGCAUACCAAAGCCCAAAUCAUCGGUCAGCCCCAAGCUGGGCCGGAGCACGCCCACAGCCCAAGCGGAGCCCCCCAAGCCCACCAGCUCCGCUGACCUCCUCGGCCUGGACACCUCCAAACCCGAAGCGAAGCAAGAUGACAUCUUCUCCAGCUUCUUCUCCGCUCCUCAAGAACCCAUCGAGCCUCCUAAAGAAGUCAAACCGGACUUGAAGACCGAGGAAGAAAAUUUCUUCAAACAGCCCGCACCGACUGAAAAGGAAAAGAACAAAUUAACUAAAGAUAGUAUCCUAGCUCUAUAUAGUAAGACUCCUUCUAAUUUAGGCAGCCAAUUCAAUCAGCAAAGCUUCAACGCGCCGGCGCAGAGUCAGUUCAACCAAAGCUUUAAUCAACCAGCUCAGUUCAAUCAGCAACCAGCUCAGUUCAAUCAGCAACCAGCUAAUCAGUUCAAUUCAAGCAAUUUUAAUCAAUCACAGUUCCCUCAACAGCAAAAUCAGUUCGGUUUCGCUAACGCGUUCCAAACGCAGCCUUUCAACAAUGCGCCUCCACAAAAUGGGUUGCAACAGGCACAGCAACAACAAUUUAACCAGUUUCAAUCGAUGCCCGGCCAGUUUCAACAGCCCUUCGGACCACAACAACAAUUCAACUCCGCCCAGCAAAGUUUCCCUCAAAGUAACCAAUUGUUCAACCAGCCUCAACAACAGCCGUUGUCUCAGCAAUUCGGCUCCUUAAACUUAGGCCAGGGUUUCUCUAGCGCGUUUCCGAACGCCAAUGUUGCCAGCAAUAGCACUUGGCAGUAACUUGUUUUUAGAGACGUUCCUACACGUUAUUUUUUUUAUGUGAUAGUUUGUUUUAUCUAUGGAGCAUUUGUUAUCUGUGCAAAGGAGCCGAUUUCCUUUCGAUUGUACUGGAGGACAAUAAUAUGGAUACACGUAGUCGCGAAUUUGCCGUAAGCUUGAAUUCAUUAGCUCGUUAUAUUGCUAUUAAAGACAUGACUAACUCAAAAAUGCUCUGGAUAUAAUUAAAUGUCAGAUAGUACGCAACGCGCUCGAGAACAGUACUCUGGAAAAAAAAUAUGCUUGUCUGUAAAGUCGGUUUACGGAUGAUAAUUUUGCGUGAUAACGUCAUAAGAAACCGUGGCCGUAACGUUACCAUGGAGAUCUGUCCACAACGUGACCAUGGAGAUCUGUCCACAACGUGACACUUUUUCGUGCAUGCUACCGGUGUUCAUCGAUUUAUGAGACGUUAUCACGUCAAAAAAAAGAUUCUCGAGAGAUCUAAAACAUAUCGUGUCAAGCGACUGUCAUCUGGAGUAUUUUUUCAUGUCCUUUAAUUUAGUUGUCUCUAACUAAUCGGUAAAUUCGCAUAUUGUCAAAGAUUGUAAAUAAUAACAAGCAAACUUACUUUUUAAUAAGAGGUGUAAGUAUUGGUCCUAUUUAAUUUGUGAUUCACAUUAGACGUGUCACAUUUCUGGUUAGCACUUUGAAUCUAACGCACUGUAUAUUGUGUUCGUGUAUUUAAACUAAUUAAUGUAAAUUCUGAAGGUACUCUAAUUGUUUAAUAUUGAAUACCUACACUUCGUUUACUUACAUCAGAUUUGCCUAGAUACUUAGAUUCAGUAUUGGGAUAACUAUGGGAAAGGAGUUAUUUAGAAACUCGCAAAUGUCUUCUAAACUUAUAAUAAAUCAAAACGUUUAAAUGUUUUCAUCAAAUAUUGUUCAUCUAGAUUUUUUAUAAAUAAACAUAUUGCAUAUCUAAUACCUUUAAACGAGCAAUUCUUGUUUAUUUAGCAAUAUUUCGGGGAUCUCGGAAACGGCUCUAAAUAUUUCGAUGAAAUUUGCUGUAUUGGGGUUUUCGGGGGCGAUAAAUCGCUAAACGGUUUUAUCUCUGGGAAAACGCGCAUUGUUGAGUUUUUACAUGUUUUCCGAGCAAAGUUCGGUCUCCCAGAUCGAGGUUCGGUCUCCCAGAUCGAGGUUCGGUUUUUGAAAUGAUCCCCUUUUCCGAAGUUAACCCAAUACAUAUUGUGAUGACUACUAGCAUUUCUUGAGAGGCAUAAUUUGAAAUGAUCCCCUUUUCCGAAGUUAACCCAAUACAUAUUGUGAUGACUACUAGCAUUUCUUGAGAGGCAUAAUUUGAAAUGAUCCCCUUUUCCGAAGUUAACCCAAUACAUAUUGUGAUGACUACUAGCAUUUCUUGAGAGGCAUAAUUUGAAAUGAUCCCCUUUUCCGAAGUUAACCCAAUACAUAUUGUGAUGACUACUAGCAUUUCUUGAGAGGCAUAAUUUGAAAUGAUCCCCUUUUCCGAAGUUAACCCAAUACAUAUUGUGAUGACUACUAGCAUUUCUUGAGAGGCAUAAUUUGAAAUGAUCCCCUUUUCCGAAGUUAACCCAAUACAUAUUGUGAUGACUACUAGCAUUUCUUGAGAGGCAUAAUUUGAAAUGAUCCCCUUUUCCGAAGUUAACCCAAUACAUAUUGUGAUGACUACUAGCAUUUCUUGAGAGGCAUAAUUUGAUGACGCAUGGUUGGUGCCUUUCGUUAUCACAAUGAAUACUUAAAUAUAAUACUUACCUACACAUGUUAUUCGGUUGGCGGGUCUGUGGUUCAUAUGUUGAUCAAUUUCAAUACAAGUUUGAAACACGAAAAGGAUCCAAUCUACAAAAAACUGUCAAGGGUUCAUCCACAUAUUACGUCACAGCAACAGGGGGAGGGGGAAGGGUAACUUCCAUUGCCAUUUAAAAUACUUUUCAGGGGAAAAGUCAACGCGCAAUCAUGCGCUAAACACGGCCUAGACAACAUACCAAUCGCUAACGCUCCGUAGCGAACGAAACGCAACUGUCACUGUCACACUAAUAUGGAAGAGUGAUAGAAAGACAAAGUGAUUCGAUGGCAAAGCGCAAGCGAUUGUCACCUUGGCUAGGCCGCCAGUUCCUUGCUAUUAUUAUCAGAUCGACCCACCUUAACCAAAAUAAAAUGUGUAGGUCUGUAUUUUAUAGAAUAGAUUAAUAGUUUAUUUUUUAAGUAAACUUCGAAGUUAAGAACCUAUUAACCUCGUCGUCUUAAAAUUGUAAAGUCAUUAUUGUACUUCUAAAAUCGCCCUGUUUGAGUGUCACCAACUUGUAUAAAAUG